CUUCGAUGUCUGUCUACUUUAUAAAUGAGGAGAAAAACCCUAAGCUGUCCAGAGGAGAACGUUUGACAGUGGUGAGGAAUACACAGACAGGGGGAUACGACCUCCAGAUAACGGGACUCACCAGAGAGGAGGACGUGGGGCAGUACUCGUGUGAUGUAAACACAAUCCCAGCAAAACAAAACAUGAUGUAUCUGAAAUUAUACUUGCCUCCCUCCAGCAUAGACAUUGAUUCCUACAAUGAAGAUGGCACCUUAAGAGUCCAUGGUACAGAAGACUCUCCUUUAAAUCUGUCAUGCCAGUCAUCAGGCGGUGAUCCUCCCGCCACUGUGUCUUGGUUUAAAGGCUCUGCAUUAUUAGUUACUGGUAUUAAUAGGACUUUGUACAGCUUUAUUCCUACAAGAGUCGACGACCUCCAGAACUACACAUGCACUGCAUACAAUCCAGGUUUAUCACAACCAAUGCGAAAAAAUGUUCAGAUAUUCCUUGAUCUGAGACCGACAAUUCCGGAAAUUGCCAAGAUUCCAAAUACAAAGGAGAACGAUCAGAUAAUGGUCACGUGUUCAUCUUCCUGGGGUCGUCCUCCUGCAUCACUAUGGUGGAUAUUCCGGGGAACAUACUUAAAAUCAACGUAUGUUUCCUCUACGAUGGACUCUUUAACUCAAACUUACACUGUGGAUGCUAUGUUAAACAUUACAGUAAACAAAGAGGACAACGGAAAGACCAUCAUAUGUAUGGCAAAUAACUCAGUUGUACCAACUGGUCUUCAGUCAUCCCAGAGGCUGACGGUGAUCUGUAAGCUAGCAUUUAAAAACACUUAUUACUAUUACCAUAAAUGAGGUCUUACAAACGUUGUAACGUUUUUGUUUCAGGUCCACAUUUUUCAAAAAUUCAUGAAAACUUCCUCUAUCAAACCGAUUCUGAGUUGUUUACUGAAACUUUCCAGUUUUACAUAUCUAUGACUUACAUUAACUACUAUGCAUUGAUUCUUCUUUGUCUAAUAAUAAGAUUUCAAACACAUAAGUGAUGUAUGAAAAACAACUCUGCACCGUUAAUGCGUACUUCCGAAUAUCAAUGGCAUCGAUAUAGAUGUACAGGAAAAGACUUUUUACAUACAUACUAAGGAAUUAAAAAUACCAAAAACACAAAUGCCAUUUCACACCCACCCACACACCCACACACACACACACACACACACACACA